UGGCGACGGCGGGGCGGUGGAGCGCGCGCGUCGGGCGGCAGUGUCGCAGCGGAGACUUCCCUGGACUGAGAGGCGAUCAAGCCGAGCUGAACCGGCGCUGGCGGCGGACUGAGGCCGUCAUGAGGCCGUCUGUGGUCUGGACGGCGACUGCCCUGCUGCUGUUCUGCCACCACGCCGCAGCCAAGCAGAAGAUCAAACUAGGGGUGAUUUUCGACACCGAGACGGACCAGCUGCAGUCAGCCAUGUUGGCCGCCAUGCGCGAACAGCAGCGCAACCCCAGCCUGGACUUUGUGCUCGACCCGACUGUCUCUGUCAUCAACACGGUCAACGUCUACAAGAUAUCGCGACUCAUCUGCGACAAGGUGUUCUCGCUAGGGGUGCACCUGAUGCUGGGCUACGUCAACCCGGACGCCUUCGACACGCUGCACUCCUACGCCAACACGUUUCAGAUGCCGUUCGUCGCUCCUUGGUUUCCACAGAAGGUGCGUCAGAUGUCCACCUCAUUGGACUAUGCCCUGAGCAUGCGGCCCGAGUACCACCAGGCAGUACUGGACAUCAUCAACCACUACCGAUGGGAUGACGUCAUCUACCUGUACGACUCCGAGGACGGUCUACAUCGGCUCCAGCAGAUGCUACAGUCCGUCACUCCUGGUAACGGGACGCUACGCGUUCGUCACGCCCACCGAAUCUUCAAAGUCGAGGAUGCCAUCUCCUUCCUCAGACAGCUGGAGCUUCUCAACCGAUGGUCGGUGAAGCGGGUCGUCCUGGACUGCAGUGCUCGUCUCGCCAAAGACGUGAUCGUCGCUCACGUCAAGGACGUGCAUCUCGGCCGACGCAACUUCCACUACCUUCUCAGCGGCCUGGUGAUGGACGAGGAGUGGGACAACAGCACUCCGGAAUACGGCGCGCUCAAUGUCACCGGCCUGCGCCUGGUCGACCCGCGCCGACCUCAGGUGCAGGCCAUUCUGCAACGCUGGAGUGGCCAGGCCGGCAUGGACCGACUCCUAUCGGCUCAGACCGCCCUCAUGUACGACUCCGUACUCGUCAUCACUGAGGCACUGCGCCAGCUGUGGCCCGAGCUGCUGCAGCUCCACCAGCGCCGGCUGAAGCUGCCGCAGCCGCCCGGCAGCCCCAGCGCCGCCAACGUCGUCGAGGGCCGCGUGUUCAACUGCUCGCAGGGCUUCUCUGACGUCACUGGAUAUGAGCACGGCGGGAAGAUCAUGAAACAGUUGCGCAAGAUUGAAAUCGAAGGUCUCACUGGUAACAUCAGCUUCUCCCACGAGGGCAAGAGGAAAGACUAUACUCUAGACGUGGUCGAGAUGUCAGCCAACAGCCGCCCUGUCAAGGUCGGUGUGUGGUCGGACGUGUACGGUUUCAGCUCGACUCCAGUUCAACCGAAACAGGUGCAGCAGGGCAUCAGAACGAAAAACAACACCAUCAUCAUCACAACAAUCGAGGAACCGCCUUUUAUCAUGCAGUUGAAAGGAGAGGAUGCCAUUAACAAAACCGGAAAUGAUCUGCUGGUGGGCUACUGUAAAGACCUGGCGGAUCUGCUGGCAAAAGAGAUCGGCUUUACAUAUGAGAUGCGGCUGGUGAAGGACAAACGCUACGGAGCCGUCAACACUUCGGUGGAGGGCAACUGGGACGGCAUCAUCGGCGAGCUGGUCAGACGGGAGGCCGACAUGGCCAUCGCACCCCUCUCCAUCAGCCUUCGAAGAGAGCAGGCGGUCUUCUUCACCAAGCCCUUUAUGACACUGGGAAUCUCCAUCAUGAUCAAGAAACCAAUCAGGAAAAACCCAGGCUUCUUCUCGUUCCUGAACCCGUUCAGCCGCGAGAUCUGGCUGUGCGUCGUGUUUGCCUACUUCGGCGUCUCGAUCGUGCUGUUCCUGGUGUCGCGUUUCUCGCCGUAUGAGUGGCGGCUGGAGGAGACGGUGCUGGGCACGGCCGUCACCAACGAGUUCACCAUCUACAACAGCCUGUGGUUCGUGCUCGGCUCGCUGCUGAAGCAGGGCAGCGACAUCAGUCCACGCUCGAUCUCUGGCCGUCUGGUGGGCGCCUGCUGGUGGUUCUUCUGCCUGAUCCUGGUCUCCUCCUACACGGCCAACCUGGCCGCCUUCCUCACCGUCGAGAGGCUCGUCACUCCGAUCAACUCGGUGGAGGAGCUGGCCUCUCAGAGUGACGUCGAGUACGGCACUAUGCGAGCCGGCGCCACUACCGACUUCUUCAAGAACUCCAAGCUGGGCGUGUAUCAGCGGAUGUGGGACUUCAUGUCUUCCAACGAGCACGUGUUCGUCCAGACGUACCGCGAGGGCAUCGAGAGGGUGCGCAACUCCAAGGGCAAGUACGCUCUGCUGGUGGAGUCGACCACCAACGAGUACGUCAACGGCCGGCAGCCGUGUGACACGAUGAAGGUCGGGCAAAACCUCGACUCCAAGGGCUACGGCGUGGCUACGCCACUGGACUCUCCGUGGAGGGAUGCCAUCAACAUCGCGGUGCUGCGGCUGAUUGACUACGGGGAGCUGGCCAAGCUGGAGAACAAGUGGUGGUCGACCAACUCCGAGUGCAAGGAGGUCGAGGAGUCGAAGGCCAGCGAGAUGCUGCUCAGCAACGUGGCGGGCAUCUUCUACAUCCUGAUUGCGGGCCUGGUGCUGGCCAUGGCUGUGGCGCUCACAGAGUUCUGCUGCAAGUCCAAGACGGAGGCCAAGCGUGCCAAGACGACUCACAUGGAUGCCAUGAAAGCUCGAGCCCGCAUGACCAUAUCCGGAACAGCUGACGUCGACGGCAGUAAGGAGGCGGCGCCAGUGGACUCAGCCGCCUCCGGUGAGGCGAGCGUCGACUCUCGCCAGGCCUACACUCCGCCAGAGGAGUUCCGCGACCGAUUCGACGACGAGACGGGAGAGUUCAUCGGUCUGCGGCGGCUGGGGAGGUAGCAGAACGGCUGCGGUCGACACAGACACCCUCCAGCCCGCAGCGAGCUGCCGAGGGAAGCAUUGUGGAAGUGGACUCCCCCGCGGGAAAAAUGGACUCGUCCGGAAUGGCAGCGACCCGCCUCGCGGCUUUCUUAGCCGAAAGUUACGAGGCCGUGUGACAAAGUGACGCGCGUGACGACUCGUUCAUCGAGUUGGUCGCCAUGAGACGACCUCACCCUCCAUUAGGGCGUAGGCUAGUCCUGAUUGACAGCCUGACCCGAACUGGGUCAAGGACAAGGAGAUGGUCCAGCCAAUGGAGUGUGAGAUGUGGUGACUACCCGUGCGUGGACAGUGAGUGAUUGUGGACUUUGUGUCGGCUGAGGACACUCCGACAACACAAUGUCUGCCCGAUGUUAACGAUCACGCAUAUGUUAACUGUCACGCAGUGUAUGAAGUCGUAUGUUAACUGUCAUCCGCAGUGUAUGAACAGUAUGUUAACUGUCACCCAGUGUGUGAAGAAUCGGCUACAAGGCUAGUGAUUUCCAUAGGAGAUGUUCUUCUGCUUCCGCUUUCGCUCCUCAGUCUGUGACGUGCUAUGUUGCCGCGUGCUUCCGUAGAACUGAAGCCAGAAUCGCUGCCAGGUCAUGCUGUAGAAAACGGUCAUUUUCGAAGGCUUUCGCUGGAACAACAUAGCUCAUACAUAUUCAGUGGUUGCGGAGUUGUGGCUGGGGUAUGUCCUUCGUGAAAAUCCAAAACCGUACUGCAAUACAAAUAAGUUACCGAGCAAAAAACAUGCAGUUUUGAAAUCAUCUCGCUCCACGGUUUCUCCACUUCCGCAAUUGCUGUAUUGAGCAUGUGUGCUUCAAGCGCAUUAGUUACUGGAAACGUAGCAUUCUGAGAAAUACCUGACAUGGCAAGGUAUCAUGGCUGUUCAUGCAUUGUUUUGUGGUGAGAAUCGCAGAUGAAUGUGUUUGUAGUAGUGAAGUUGUGCAAUUUCGUAGCAGUGAUUAAUUAUUGUGCUUACAAAUAUGGAGAGGAAAUGACUAUUUUACAUCGUUAGAGUACAACUGCCGCCGGAAUAUUAGUAUCAAUGUCUUCCUGUGAAUUUCGUACUGGCCACUCGUUGGGCUUAUCAUUCCUACAGUGACAGCUUUAGUGAGCCUUUAGUAAGUCUAUUCCUCCAUCAUCUUUAGUGAGCCUAUACCCACGCAUACUUUUGUUUUUAUUACAAGUAUCGCUAAUGCCUACAUUCUUGCACCACGUCAUAUCCAAGCACUACACCAUUACAUGAUGUAACUGAGAUGAAGCUCAACCAUCACCCUCACUCCGCCAACCCCUGUCUGUCCAGUCCGGAGGUGAAGCUGCACCUCUAAUAUCCCGGAAUGAUGUCCUCGUGAUGUGUACUUACGCGUCUAUCUGUCCAUCCGUGUCUGACGGCCGCGGCACGCAGAUGCCGCCUGACGCGCGCCGCUCUGAGGUGCAGUGAGGUGUACUGAUGUACGCUGACGUGUAAUGGCGUGUACUGAUGUAUACGCUGACGUGUAAUGACGUGUGAAGACGCGCUAAGGGGCGCCGGGCGCUGAUGUGGAGAGCGGCGGUCCCGGGACGGAGAGAAUGGCCGACUGACCGGGGUCACUGUUGUACUGAAUGUGCAGUACUUUGUAGUAGCCAUAAAUACACAGCCAGGGGUACUGGAA